AUGUACGAAGGGAUUGACAACCUGAAAUCCCUUUACGACCGUGCCGGGAAGACUUUCUCCGGCGGUCCUUCUGCGGCACAGGAUGUGUCGCGUCGUACUGCUCGACCAGACCCAGUACGUCAACCAUCAGUGGGAGCGGGGCUCCCAAGAAUCCCAGGACGGGGGAUAGCCGCGCCACCGGACGAGCGCUGGCCACCGCGAGAGUCCUCUAAUGGAGGUGGAGGGGAGGAGGAAAGACGCUCUCCACACGAUCAUGUGGAUCGGUGUGUUCCCGAGAGCUUCUUUGAUCGCGUAACGCAAGGGUUACGCGACGAUCUCGAGCAUGAGCGGAAUAGGCGUCUCCAGAUGGUGGACACUGCCUCGAAGCAUCGAGCUGAGUUUGCCUUUGCUCAGCUUGAGAACGAGAGAUCUCUGACAUCUCUUCGUGACGAGCUAAGGGUAGCUCGUGGGAUUGUUGAUCGGUCUCGGGCUGAGAUAACUGCUCUUCAGACCCUUGUUGAUGCCCACCAUCGGGAGCACAAGGCUCUCUGCGAGAUGCUUGAGCGCAAGGGCGUUCUUCAUCGGAAGAAGCAGCGUACUGAUGGUACGGCUUAA